UUCCCGGAAGUAAACCAAAAUAAAAGGGCAGGUAAAUCGCUGGGACUCGAACUCUGCAGGUUGUUGGAUAAAUCUUGAACCUUGACGCGUGAUCGUCUCGGGGACAGGAUGCCGUUCCCCUCCGCCUUCGGCUCGCAGCUCGCCGCCAUCAUGGACGUGUUGGCGAAGGCUGCGGUGGCCGAGAUAUCGAAGCUGGUGGAGGACGGGACGGUGGUGCUGCGGCUGGAGAUGUGUCGGAGGGACGUGGAGAUCCAGGAGCUGAAGAGGAGCCUGAAGCUGAUGGAGGUGGAACUGUGCAAAGCUCGAGAAGCGGCCGAGACCCGAACCACAGAGGAGGAGCAGGAGAAGGAGGAGCAGGAGGAGGAGCAGGAGCAGGAGCAGGCAGCCCGGACCCAGGUCCCCUCGACAGAUGAAAGAGAGGAUGAGCAAACACGUGCAGGGUAUCUGGAACCAAAGGCUGCUGAUUCACUCUGCAAGCAUCGGCAUGGGAACCAAGACGGUGACGACAUGAGGCCGGCGGUGAAACAUGAGCCAGCGGGGGAGCUUGUGCUCCAGGAAGCAACAGACAACACUGCAACAGCGGCGACUAGCGUUUGCUUUGAGGUGGGAGAGCGAAGUGACUCGAUCUGGCCUCCUGCGGCUUGUGGCAUGUUUGAGAAAAGCUCUGUAGCGAUGCAGCAGCAGCAGCACGGGCAGAUGUUCCCCUCUCACGCGGAGCAAUUUUCUGCUCACAGAAAUACAGAAAGUUCCUACAACUCUCCAACCGCAACACAGGAAAGUGCAGAUGCUUCGACAAGUGUGCCGAUAAAAGUAGAGACAGAGAUUCAACCUGUGUGCUCAGCAGGCACCACUUCACAGUCUGUGGGUAAUGAACCAUCGAGACAGGUUUCACGCCCGGCAGCCAGUGAGAACCAGUGUCUGCAGUCUCCUCCGCAACAGACUGGGCGCUCACCCGCUGUCCCUCCUGUGCCGAGGUCGGCCGCAGCCACAGAAGAUCACAUCCUCAGUAGAAACAACCUGAGAACAAAAAGGCUCAUGAACGUGUGGAGAGCAAAUCAGAAACUCUUCAUCUGCUCCGUGUGCAACAAGGGUUUCCCCCGCUUGUCCCAGCUGGAGGAGCACAAGGCCACUCACCAGCUCUUCAAACCUUUCAGGUGCCUGGAAUGUGGGAAGUCUUUCACGCAGAAGACCCGGCUGAAGACGCACCAGAGCGUGCACACGGGCGAGCGGCCGUUCAGCUGCACAAUCUGCGGCAAGAUGUUUUCCAGGCAGGACAACUGCACGAGACACGAGCGCUUCCACAGCGGCCUGAAGCCGUACAGCUGCGGGCAGUGUGGGAAAAGCUUCACGGUGCUGGGCAACCUCAAAAUCCAUCAGGAGAUUCACCUGCAAGGAAGAUAGCUCCCAGUGACGCACUAAGACUGAAGAGAAUUUUAUUUAUCUUUCCAGUGUACUUUUUGUAUUAUAGUAUGAUAUAUCUAUAUGAGAUUUUAAACAUUAAUAUUAACAACUGUUUUCUAUGUAAAGAUGUAGUGGAGUAACUGCAUCCUGAGCUGAUAAUGAAGUCGGAUUUCUUUCUGUGCUUUGCUUUGGUAUCUGUUCUGUUCAUAUUAGUGCAUGUGAGACCCUCUCUGUUGGUUCUCCCCACAUUUAUCCAGUACAGCCCCUUUUCCACUGGUCUGAAAACCCACUAACAUCUGGCUUAUGUCUGCAACGUGGAUGGAUGCAGUCGUAUUCACGCCCGGGUCAAAUGACUCUGGUUUUAAUUGGCUUCAUUAAAUCGGCAGUGAUGAAAACAAGACACCUGGGUAGUCAAUCACCUUUUUAUCAGGUUUACCCAGGUUUUAAAAACCUGCACAUUCUGGUGUAAAGGAAGUACAAGAUGGCUCCUGUGCGAUCGCCAGCACGAACCCUUCUCCUUUCAGAGAACACAAACACACCUGCCCACCACUGUGACACCUAAUGGCUUCACUUAUUUGUAUACAGUCUCCAGGCUCCUCACAGCUAUGAUAAUUAUGAUGAUGAUGAUGACAAUCUACCGGCCGCCACGCAGGCCCUUUUUAAGUGUUCUGUGAAAUCAGGGCUGAGCUAAUAAGUUUUAAAAACACACUUUUCUCACACGAAGGCUUGAGCACCGACAAGAGCACCAACCUGCAGAUGAGAUCAAGCACCACAUCCACUUUACCACUGUGCACAGUUUGCUGGUUUGUUUUUUUGUUUGCAGGGUAACUUUAUUUAGCUUGUGUGUGUUUAGGGGUCGCUCUUAUUGGGCACCCAUGGACUGUACAGGCAACAACUGAGAACACACGAGGGGGGAGGGGGGGUGCAGGUAAUUAAGCAUUUGUGUUGGUGCUAGUGCGACAUCUAGUGGCAGUAAAUAUCUCAUUUAUAAUCUCAAUGAACUCGAAGCAAGCAUAACUAGAGUAGGCCUUCGACAAGUCCCCACAGUCCCCGUCAAUUCCAUCAAGCUGCACUAAACUGCACACACUCGGUAUCAGUGCCCUUGAUUAGUCAGAUCCAUGAAUUAUUCAAAGGGCGAACACGUGAAAAAAUGCCCCAUCUUGCAAUGUGUAAAAUAAUUCCUGGAUCUGCCUCCUGAUCUGGAGCCACACCAAAACGUAAUGGGUUCUUCCUUGACCCAUUCUGCAUCCUUCCACCAAGUGUUGUGUUAAUCUGUCAAGUAGUUUUUGUGUAAUUGAGCAAGUUGACAGACAAACAGUGCUGAUGAAAACAUCACUUCCUUGGCAGAAGUAAAAAUGUCCACCUUACAUGGACAGACAUACUGGUACUGUACAAAGCACGGAUGAGGAAAAUGUAAUGUAAUGUAAUUUAUUAACUGUUCUAACGUGUGUGCUGAUAUAAUGAUGUAUGUUCUCACAUUCAGGAGUGGGAAACACAUCGAUGGUAUAAACAUCAAUAUCAGGAGAGAAAACACCGGAUCCCUGCAUCCUUAGUGUUAACUAUCAGUCCUCACCAAAGGUAUUUCAGUGCCUUGUACAUUUACAGGUGUCGUCUCCUUUUUAUAACGUCUCCUAUUUGUGUUUUAACCUUCGAGAUACAGGCCGAGUAUUUAACCUAAAGUCACAUGUUGAACUCAUUGUUGGGUGAGGUAGUGAUGAUGUGCGUCAAAGGAACGGGAGUGUGCGAUGUGUACUUAUGCAAUAACAUUUUGUGUUUGACCGCAAUUCAAAUCUAUCUGUGGAGAUUUGUUCUUCUCUUGAUAUUAAAGUAUGUUAAUGAUUAUUUUUUUCCCA